AUGAGCUCUACAUCCCCCGAAGAACAGGUUCCUCUGCCUGGCCAAUGGCCGGUAGAUCCCCAGGAGGACCAGGCCAUCUCUGAGGACAAGAUUUGGGUCGACGGUUGCUUCGACUUCACUCACCACGGCCAUGCUGGUGCUAUGCUUCAAGCUCGUCGUCUCGGCAAGGAGCUCUACGUGGGUAUUCAUUCCGACCAGGCAAUUCUAGAAAAUAAGGGUCCAACGGUGAUGGCUCUGGACGAACGUGUCUCUGCCGUCGAUGCUUGUCGCUGGGCUACUCAAAGCGUCCCCCAUGCUCCCUAUGUGACCUACUUGCCCUGGGUAUCCCACUACGGCUGCAAAUACGUUGUUCACGGCGACGACAUUACCUCCGACAGCGAUGGAAACGACUGCUACCGAUUCGUCAAGGCCGCCGGCCGCUUCAAGGUUGUCAAGCGCACUCCUGGUAUUUCUACCACCGACCUCGUUGGUCGUAUGCUCCUCUGCACCAAGAACCACUUUGUGAAGUCCGUCAAGAACACUCUGGCUGGAGAGGAGGGAUCCGGAAGCCCCGAAGAGCGCAAGGCAACUGCCACAGAUCUACUGCAGAGAAUCACCGACUACGCGACAGAUGAGAGCGGCCUGCAGCCUGGUCCCCAGGUCUGGACCUGGACUGGAUCUGGUAGCGCCAAGAUCGACGACCAGGUCGAGGAAGCAGGAAAGUACGAGACUCUUGUUGCUGGAAAGGGGCCCAAGCCCGGCCAACGGAUUGUCUACGUUGACGGAGGCUUCGACCUCUUCUCCUCCGGUCACAUUGAGUUCUUGCGUAAGGCUAUGGAUCACGAGGAAGUCGAAGGACGUGCACGAGGCUGGUACGAACCUGAGGCGAAGGAGAAGCGAAUCCAAGAACAUGGCGAAGACUACGCUCCCGCCUUCAUUGUUGCUGGUAUUCACGACGACGACGUGAUCAACCACUGGAAGGGUCUGAACUACCCGAUCAUGAACAUUUUCGAGCGCGGUCUCUGCGUUCUCCAGUGCAAGUACAUCCACGCUGUCGUCUUUUCCGCCCCUUUUGUGCCCAGCCAGCCUUACCUCGAGACCCUGCCAUUCGGCACUCCCGACGUCGUCUACCACGGACCCACUACCUUCAUCCCCCUGACCUACGAUCCCUACAGCGGACCUAAGAAGAUGGGUAUUUUCCGUGAGGUCGAUCGCCACGCUUUCCAGCAUGUGAACGCCGGCGAGAUUGUCGCGCGCAUUCUUAAGAGCCGUGAGGCUUAUGAGGCUAGACAGCGCGCUAAGUUGCAGAAGGGUGCUGCGGAAGAUCUGGUUAAGGCGCAAGAGCGGGGCUCUGCUUGA